CUCAGUGAGAUCAAUAUCUGCCCUCUCAGAGGUCUCCACAGGCUCCGUGGCAAUCUGUUAAUCGGCUAUUUUCCUGCAGAAUCACUGAGACUACAGCUUAAUCAUGCUGGCAACCAGGACCUUGCUGUCAAAACAGACUCUGACCGCCGUCUCUCAUCAGCCUACCUGCUUCGUUCACCAAGGGGAAUAUGGCUACUGGGGAAACACCAAAGUUGCUGUGGUUUUCUCAGGAUGUGGAUGGUGGGAUGGAAGUGAUGUCCACGAAGGAGCGUACACCAUGUACCACCUGAGCAGGAACGGCGCCCGCUUCCGCACGUUUGCUCCAAAUCAGCAGCAAAUGCAUGUGAUGGAUCACAUGAAGAAGCAGCCUUCCACAGGCGAGAACCGGAACAUGAUGAUCGAGUCAGCUCGCUUCAUUCACGGCCAGGGAAAGAGGCAAAUGCAGGACCUGUCCACGCUGGACGUCAACAGCUUCGACGCCGUCAUCUUUCCCGGAGGCCACGGGAUCGUCAAGAAUCUAUCCACUUUUAUGAAGGACGGCAAGGACUGCAAGCUGCAUAAUGAUGUGGAAAGAGUGCUUAAAGAGUUCCACCGUUCACGCAAACCUAUUGGCCUGGCCAGCAUGGCUCCUGUGCUGGCCUGCCGCGUGUUGCCCAGCAUCGAGGUGACCAUGGGCUACGAGCGGGACGAGAACACCCGCUGGGGAAACUGGCCUCAAACCAACAUGGUGCAGGCUGUGAAGGGCAUGGGCGCUCGCCACGUCGUCCGUGAGCCAUACGAAGCCUAUGUGGACGAGAAGAACAAAGUGGUCAGCACUCCGUCCUUCAUGUGGGAGACGGAUUACCACUAUCACUAUAUAUUCGAUGGCGUUGGAAAUAUGGUCAAACAUGUGAUGCGUCUCUCCUCCAAGAAAGAGUAACACUGAAUGCCCAGAGUUCACCUCUAUACUGUGAUGAAACCUUACCUGAAAUAAUAAAGAUGCUCUAGUUGAAAAGCAAA